GCGAGUCGCGCUCACAUGAUCCGAGCGUACGUAGCAAUCGCGGCGAGUAGCGCGCAUUACGAGCACCACUUGGCGCGCGUUGCAACCACUGCGGUGGCCCCGCGCGAGAUCAUUUGUUGUCUAGCGACGAGAACCAACGGCGCGUCGACGUCCAUGCUCACCGCGCACAACGCAGCUCCAUACCGUCGAUCGCUGACUAUUACUGACUGCCAUUUUGCUCGUCUUACAGAUGUUCUCUUGUUAGUUGGAAGCCACUUGAUGCUUUCGAGCACGCAAUCAGUUUCAACUCGAGCAAACGGAUUUAUCGAAAGAAAGUCAAUCAGCAACCUGUUGAUUAUUAAAAUUAUUUUAAGACAAAAUUUUAACGUCGCGAGACAGUGCGACGCUCGCCAGACCACCAGAUACAACGACGUCUCAGUGAGCAACACCGGUGUAAAUAUGGCUACAGGAGCGAGAGCAAUCCCCGCACGGCAGAAACGCGCGAUACACGGGCGGCACCGGCAACAUCAGCGACAGUGACGGCGACGACAGCACCACUGGUGACUGAACGGCGAGUCGCGCUCACAUGAUCCGAGCGUACGUAGCGAUCGCGGCAAGAAUCAGACUUUGAUAGUUUUGAAUAGUUUUGAAUUAGAUGCAUUCGAAGUUAGUAAACGCAUAGCGUUAAAAUAUAAAGCUAUCAAUAGAUUUACAGAUUUCACACAAAAUAUAUCAUUUGCAAUGUCAGCUUGCAUUUUACAUAUCAUGUUUUUCUUUAAUAACAUUUUCAAUAAUUUGUAUAGAUAGUAUUCACGCAAAUGUGAAUUAAAAACAAAUUUAUUUUCUUUGCAUUUGUAAUCUCGAUAUCGCUGAAAGAGGCAUUAUAGUGUAUAACGAUUGUGGCAGUUGUGACAACCACCAUAACUAGAACUGUCACAUUACUGACAGCUUAAAGUAUCAAUUACUUUCAAGGAGUUGCUUACCAACACAAAAGAUUCAUAAAUUAAUCCGCUAGGAGAUAAUUUUUAAAAGUAACUCGCAUUUAAACAUCGUUGAAGAAUAGGAUAUAAGGAGGUCUAUCAACGGCAGAAUUUUAGGAAAAUAAUCAUAAUUCCUUAACAUACUAGGAGUCUUGAAAGUAGUAAUCACGACUUCAAAGAGAAACUUAGUUCUCAUUCCUAUAGAAGAGGAAAUAACUCUUUGACGACCGCUUGACCGCGGUCCAAGUACAAAAACCAGCAAUUGCGUAAUAUCGAGAUUCGACCUUGCGAGAGAUCAGUCGAUAUGCCUAUAAUACAUGUCUCGAGGACGACUUUUAGAUUUGUUUACAAGACGUCUUAAAGACGUCGAAAAUCGGGACAUAAGACGUCUUACGCAUGUCAAAAAGACGUCUUUAAGACGACAUAAUAUUCUCUGGGAAGAGCGAGAAAGGUAGGCUCAAAGAGAAGAUCGAGGAUAUUGAUAUUGAAAAUUCGCCAUCACAAUAAUAACAUUUAUUAUAAUUAUAAUGUAAGAAUAUAUUUAUAAUUAUUACCCCCCCCCCCCAGUAAUAAUUAUAAUAGCAUAAUGCGUGAGUACGAUCACUCGUUAUAAACUGAGAUAGGUACCAUUUAUAUUCUUACAACUGCAAAAUUUUAUUGCUACGGUAAUGACCGAGUAGGCAUUUUACGAAACGGAUUGCCUUACCCGAUAGCACGACAGAAAAAUAGGAUUCAACAAUUAAGAUACUUAGUUGAGUAUAUCGCAGAUAUAAAGUAUACCAAUGCCACCGUGUCUUCCGUAUGACAAGUAAUAGGAAAUUUGUAAUGUCGUCGAGAUGCAAA